ACAAAUUUCUCCGCAUUGACGGGUCCCUGUCCAUCCGCAGCCUCUACGACUAAUUUCAAGAAUUCUAGAUUGCACGUUCUCCCUUUUCGUUCUAUUUCGCUCGCUUUGCCGACUUCCAUGUCCUCUUUUGCCAAAUCCUCCGACCGAUCCGGCAUCUGGUCAUACGUUCCUUUCAGUGCCUCGCCUCGCCGCCGAUCUGUUAGUAGCGGACUUCCUCGCGCCGCAGCCAACAACCACCCCUGGGAUCCCUUUGAAAAAACAGAUCGACAAACAAGCGGCUCGGGCGCAAGCCGACCAUCCAUCCUGGAGUCCGCUCAGAAAGCCUGGAUGACUCAAAGUCGUCAGGCUCGCUAUUUCAAGACAGGAGGGGUCCUUACCCUGAUCGUUCUCCUCUACUGGGUCCUCUCGGGAGGAAAUGAGAGCACCUAUAGCUCUGUCCAGAAUGUCUACACUCCAGCCAAUUCUCCGACUUCAAGAUGCUCGAAACCUUAUGACCCUUCGCGGCCCCUUGUGCAGUAUGCUAUUAUGAUCGACGCGGGCAGCACAGGAAGCAGAAUACAUGUGUACAAAUUCAACAAUUGCGGGCCAACCCCGGAACUGGAGAAUGAAGAGUUCAAGAUGACUGAGAAGAGGCCAGAGGGCUCCGGGUUGAGUUCAUACAAGACAGAUGCCGAGGGAGCCGCCAGGAGUCUCGACCCCCUCAUGGAAGUGGCAAUGGCUUCCGUGCCAAACGAGUACAAGUCAUGCACGCCUAUCGCCGUCAAGGCGACUGCGGGUCUACGACUCUUGGGGGACGAGAUGAGCGCCAAGAUCCUUGAAGCCGUUCGAAAUAGACUAGAGACUCAUUAUCCUUUCCCCGUGGUGUCUCGCGAAAAAGGCGGCGUGGAAAUUAUGAAAGGGGAGGAUGAAGGCGUCUUCGCUUGGAUCACUACCAACUAUCUGUUAGGCAAGAUUGGAGGGCCCGAUGAAACUCCAACGGCAGCCGUCUUUGACCUCGGUGGCGGUUCAACUCAGAUUGUCUUCCAGCCGACUUUUAAGAACAGUCCCCAUGGAGGCAUGCCACAGAAAAUGGAAGAGGGCGACCACAAGUACAACCUGAAGUUCGGAGGGCGAGAAUUUGAGCUAUAUCAGCACUCGCAUCUCGGCUACGGACUCAUGUCAGCGCGGAAAGCCUUGCACCAGCUGGUCCUCGACCGCAUGCACAAGCAGAAUCCCGAUUCUAAGGCGUGGCUCAGCAAUCCCAUCCCGAACAGCUGCAUCACUCCCGGCAUACAGAAAAAAGUCGUCGUUGAGAUGCCUGCCGAUCACGAAUUGUCAGGAGAGCACACAGUGAUAAUGGAGGGUCCCGUCGACGCCAUUCCAGCUCAAUGUCGAGCUCUCGCCGAAGCCAUCCUUUACAAGGACAAAGAAUGCACAAUUGCUCCCUGCUCCUUUAAUGGUGUGCACCAACCGUCACUCGAAAAGACCUUCGCUAGGGAGGAUGUCUACAUCUUCUCGUACUUCUAUGACCGCACGCACGACUUGGGUAUGCCUGAAUCAUUCACUUUGCGCGAACUCCAAGACCUUACCGCCAGAGUCUGCGGGGGAGAAGGCUCGUGGGAUGCGUUUGCCGGGAUCGAGGGUGUUCUAGACGAUCUCCGAGAGAGGCCCGAGUGGUGUUUGGAUUUGAAUUUCAUGUCGGCGCUCCUGCAUACAGGCUAUGAGAUGCCAAUUGACAGAGAGGUCAAGAUUGCAAAGAAGAUCAAGGGCAACGAAUUGGGAUGGUGCCUAGGCGCGAGUUUGCCACUGCUCGAGAAGGAGAGUGGCUGGCAGUGUCGCAUCAAAGAGGUUUCGUAAUAGCGAAGCGGCAUGAUUCUGGGGCUUUUCUUACGAGCCUCUAUUGCUUCAUGGUCUUCUGGAUGGGUCGAUACGGGCCUGGACCGGAAUGGGCGCACGGGACAUGGUUCACACACGAUUAUAUUGCGUUAUGGUCUACAUAAGAUUUGAUGUCACUUCGGUUCGACUAGACACGACAGAGAUCGAGGCACCUCGCUCUUAGGGUGUAGAAUGAUAAACAAAACUUGAUUCACGUAACGAGAGUGCAGGGCCAUCGCUUCUUGUCGGUGGUGGUGGUGAUAGUCCGCG